GGGCGCGUCACCAGACAGGGCGAAGGAGCCUCGGUCGCUGCUCUGGGCUCCGACGUUCCAUUGACCGGACCCGGGGCGCAGGGGAACGCGCCGGGCAGAGCAGAUGGGCGGAGGAACCUGCCUCUGGCCCUGAGACGCUGCGUGCGGAGGUGGGAGCCGGGAUCCCGUUGCUGCCUGACCUGCCUUGGAGACACACCCCAUGGCAAGCCAGGGACAAGGGAACCAAACAUCCAUCACAGAAUUCAUCCUCCUGGGAUUCGGGGAGCUUCCUGGCCUGCAGGUUCCUCUCUUCCUGCUCUUUAUCAUGAUCUACCUGAUGACCAUGGCCGGGAACAUCCUCAUCCUGGCGCUGGUUGUGGCCGAUCGGCACCUUCACACCCCCAUGUACUUCUUCCUGGGCAACUUGUCCUGCUUGGAGAUCUGCUACAGCUCCACCCUCCUGCCUCAGCUUCUGGCCGGGCUCCUGACUGGGGCCUGGACAAUUUCCUUCACUGGGUGUCUCACACAAUAUUACUUCUUCGGUGCUCUGCUGGUCACAGAAUGCCUCCUCCUAUCGGUGAUGUCCUACGACAGGUAUCUAGCCAUAUGCAACCCACUGCACUACGCAGCCCAGAUGAGUGGCAGGUCUUGUCUCCAGCUUGCCGGGGGGUCAUGGACAGGUGGAUUCCUUGCUUGUAGUAUAACAGCAUUGCCAUUGUCCCAGUUAACCUUCUGUGGCCCCAACACUAUCGACCAUUUCCUUUGUGACUUUAUUCCCCUUGUAAAACUCUCCUGCAAUGACCCUCUGCUGAUGGACACGUUGGCGUUCUCAGCUUGCUUGGUUUUAAUACUGGUCCCCUUCCUGCUCACCUCGGUGUCCUACAUCUGCAUCAUCAGCACCAUCCUCAGAAUCCCCUCCACGACCGGGAGGCAAAAGGCCUUUUCCACCUGCUCCUCCCACCUCAUCGUGGUGAGUGUUUACUAUGGAGCGCUCCUGAUUGCCUACAUGUUCCCGACCACCGACCUCCCGAGCAAUUUCAAGAAAGUUCUUUCAGUCUCCUACACCGUCCUGAUGCCCCUGGUCAACCCACUCAUCUACGCCCUGAGAAACAGGGAGGUCCAGGAGGCCCUGUGCAAAACUUGCAGGAAAUUAAGGUUUCCAAGAUACUGGCCCAUUGGGUUGCUUAGGUGACAAUGGAAUAGCUGCAGCAUGGGCGGGGUUAGGGCCAGUAUCAAAGCCGACCAAAUAGAAGGUUUUAUUUCCACUCCCAUCUGUGACCUUCUUGCCCUGCACUUGUAGAGUCACAGUCUAGUGAGCAACGGGGGUGCAGGGACCUUUUCCAAACCCUUGCUCCGUUAUAGUUAGGACCAAUGGCCAAUGCUACUGGGGAGGUACCAGCAGGCUGCAAGGGACAUGAACUGGUGGCUCUGUGAAAUGAAAAGAGCUGGAGAGAUUGAGCCCAGAGAGAGGUGCAGGUGUCGGUCGCAUGCUCUGUGCCUUGGGCCAGCUCUGCACCGAGAGCCAGCAGGGAGCAUGUGACCGGUCCAAUAAGACACUGACCAGGGGUAGCCAACCCGUUUGAGACGAAGAGCCACAAUAGCAGUGGAGACAGUGUGAAGAGCGGGGACAAAGUUGUUGAGAAAAAAACAAACCACC